CGCGGGAGUAGGGCCCACGUUCCCACGCUCUCCCCGAGAGUCUCCGGCGGGUCACCCCCUGGUGAGCCCCUGGCGGUGGCUCUUUCCCAGUGUACCUGUUAUAGCUGAAGCAUAUGCUUUGAAGGGAUGAGAAGGUUUUUGUUGCUGUAUGCGACGCAGCAGGGACAGGCGAAGGCCAUCGCAGAGGAAAUCUUUGAAAAAGCAUUUGCGCAUGGAUUUUCUGCAGAUCUUCACUGUAUCAGUGAGUCAGAUAAGUACGAUCUAAAAACCGAGACAGCACCUCUCGUUGUCGUCGUUUCUACCACGGGCACGGGCGACCCACCCGACACUGCUCGCAAGUUCGUUAAGAAAAUCCAGGACAAGGCGCUGCCGGCGGAUUUCUUUGCACACCUGCGGUAUGGAUUGCUAGGGCUGGGAGAUUCCGAAUACACGUACUUCUGUAACGGCGGGAAAAUCAUCGAUAAGCGACUUCAGGAGCUUGGUGCCCGGCAUUUCUACGACACUGGACAUGCAGAUGACUGUGUGGGUUUAGAACUUGUGGUUGAGCCGUGGAUUGACGGACUCUGGGCUGCCCUCACGAAGCAUUUUACGUCCAGUAGAGGAAAAGAGACGAACGGAACUCUCCAGAUAGCCUCAAAUGCGUCCCAGAGGAUGGAUCCUGUGAAACCGGAAUUAUUACACAUUGAAUCCCAAGUUGAACUUCUGAGAUUGGCUGAUUCAGGCAGAACGGAUUCUGAGGUUCAGGAACAGAAUGUAGUGAACAGAGGUCAAUCCAGUGCUCUGAUCGCCGAGUCCAAGCCCUCACUUACCCACUCGAUACCCCCACUGUCCCAGGCGUCACUGAACAUUCCUGCCCUUCCACCAGAAUAUUUGCAGGUGCAUCUGCAGGAGUCUCUGGGCCAGGAGGAGAGCCAAGCAUCUGUGACUUCGGUGGAUCCAGUUUUUCAAGUUCCAAUUUCAAAGGCGAUUCAGCUGACUACGAAUGAUGCCAUAAAAACCACUCUUCUGGUGGAACUGGACAUCUCUAAAACAGAUUUUUCCUAUCAGCCUGGAGAUGCCUUCAACGUGAUCUGUCCCAACAGCGAUACCGAGGUUCAAAACCUGCUCCAGAGCCUGCAGCUCACGGACAGAAGAGAACACCGUGUCGUCUUGGGAAUUAAGGCAGACACCAAGAAGAAAGGAGCGGCCAUACCCCAACACAUACCUGAGGGACGUUCUCUCCAGUUCAUUCUCACCUGGUGCCUUGAAAUACGAGCAGUUCCAAAGAAGGCGCUGCUGAGAGCCCUGGCGGAACACGCGUCCGGGCCCGACAGGCGCAGGCUGCUGGAGCUGUGCAGCCGGCAGGGCGCCGCCGACUACGGCCGCUUCGUGCGCGACGCCCGCACCGCGCUGCUGGACAUCCUCCAGGCUUUCCCGUCCUGCCGGCCGCCGCUGGCGCUGCUGCUCGAACAUCUUCCUAAGCUCCAGCCCCGACCAUAUUCAUGUGCAAGCUCGAGCCUGGCUCACCCAGGGAAGCUUCAGUUCGUCUUCAACGUUGUGGAGUUUUUAUCUGCCACCACGAUGGAGGUCCUGCGGAAGGGCGUGUGCACGGGCUGGCUGGCCGCGGAGGUGGCGUCCAUCCUUCGUCCAGAUGCGCAGGUGGCCCCUGCAGAAGACGGGCCGGCCCCGGCUCCUGAGAUAUCCAUCUCUCCUCGAAAGACCAAUUUUUUCCACUUGCCGAGCGACCCCGUGGCCCCUGUCGUGAUGGUGGGGCCGGGGACUGGAAUAGCGCCCUUCAUCGGUUUCCUGCAACACAGAGAGAAACUGCAAGAACAGCAUCCAGAGGGACGCUUCGGAGCAAUGUGGCUGUUUUUUGGCUGCCGCCAUCAGGAACGGGACUACCUCUUCCGGUACUGCACGGCUCUGCUGCUGCAGCUCUGCUUUCAGGCUUUCUCAGCUUUAAGGGUGUCCUUCUCGAGAGACGCUGCCGUCGGUGAGGAGGCAGCCCCGGUGAAGUACGUGCAGGACAACAUGAGGCUGCACGGCGAGCAGGUGGCCAAGGCGCUUCUGCAGGAGAACGGGUACAUCUACGUGUGCGGAGAUGCUAAGAACAUGGCCAAAGAUGUCAAUGAUACCCUUGUGGAAAUAAUAAGCAAAGAGGCUGGAGUUGAAAAACUAGAGGCAAUGAAAACAUUGGCUACUUUAAAAGAAGAAAAGCGGUAUAUUCAGGAUAUUUGGUCCUAAAAUUAAAAGUUUUUUCUUGGAGGAGGUAGGGUGGGAGUGGACCGCUUCCCAUCACAGCAAACUUCUGGUGUGGUUUUCCAUUAAGUGCCUCCCACUCAGCACGCCGCGCUUUGGCCUCUGCACUGGCACCUCCCAGGGCGGCCGCUGAUCCCUCCGUCCGUUCACAGGGCAUCUGUCUGUGCACAAGGAGGCUUCGCAGCACCGGGCAUGGGCACUAGAGCCGACCGGCGAGAUGGUUAGAGCUGGUGAGCUGCCGCCGCCAGGUUUUUUAAGUAAGGUAAAAAUAAUUCUUUCUUACGUGAGCUCUGCCAUAAAGAACGCUCAUAAAUUAACUGUGUACAGCGUACGAAUACUUGUCUGUACAGACAGCCCCUGACUUCCGACAGCUUGACCUCGCGGUGGCGUGAGAGCGGUGCACGUUCAGUGGACGCUGUACUUGGAAGCUUGACUUUUGCUCUUUCCCCGGUUGGUGACGUGGGGUAACGCUCUCCGGACCGCAGGACGGUGGCGGAGGCUGGGGCCGGCAGCCCUCUGUGCCCAGGCAGAUGUUUUGCCUCUUCCCGUGCGGCGCUCGGUACGUUGAGGUAGUCAGCUCUAACGUGCAGCUUCAGGCUCAUGUCCCUCUCGGAGCACGUGUGGGGUAGGCCAGGCUGAGCGGGGGCCGUCCGUAGCUUAGGCGGAUCAAGUGCUUCUCGGCUCUGCUGUUUUCCAAUUAGCGAUGGAUUUAUCGGGAUGUAACUUCACGGGAAGUUAAGGAAGGUCCGUAUAACCUUGUCAAAUGAUUAUUUAUUACCCAAACUUUAUUUCUUAUUAAAAAAAUAAAAGCAUUAUGGUAAUGCUUAGAGAUUUUUUUAAAUGAUUUUUAAAAUGUGACAUAUUUUAGAAUUCUAUUUUAUGUGACUUAUCACAGUUCUUAAUCUCACAGUUCCAGAAUUUAGGGAAAUUUGCCUAGUUUACAGAUGUGAGCAAGUACAUAUUUUAGUGAAACUACAGCCCCCCCCUCCCCCUCCCCCAGCUCCUCUUCUCUGCUCCUUUUGGUGUAUUUUUGUUUUUCUAUGUUAUUUUAAUCCCAUGUUCUCACUCAAAUUGUGUCCUAGGCUUAAAAUACCUACUUAAAUUGGUAUCCUUGUCUUCUAAAAAUUCCUACUGCGGUCUGAAUAUUUAUGUCCCCUCCCCCCACCCAUUCAAAUGUUCCAGUGCCAGCCUCCGUUGUGGUGAUAGGAGGAGGUGGGGGCCUGUAGGAGGCACUGGGGCAGGAUGGGGGUGGGCCCUCAGGAAUGGGAUCAGGGCCCUGGGGCAGGAGGCCCCCGGAGCUCCCUGGCUCCCGCCCAGGGAGGGCACAAAGUCCUCAGUCUGCAGCCAGAAGAGGGCUGUCACCAGGCCGGCCCCACCAGCACCCCGUCCUGGGCGUCCAGCCUCCGGGGCUGUGAGAGCCGCCCACUGUGUGCUGUGUGGUUGCGGCGCCUGAGGGGACUGCGGCAUCUCCCGGACACUUUGUCAGUGCAGAAAAAACGUACAAGGGUAUGAUUAAUUUGUCUAGGCUCUGGUGUCUAUUGGCUUUUUAUUCAAGAGAUUGGCAUUUAUAAAACAAAUUUACCUGUCAAACGUUCCUGGUC